GGAUUAAGGCGGUGGGAUUAUUUGCCAAAUCCCUCCCUCUCUCCUAUUCCAACCGUCUGCUUCCAUCAUGUUUCCUCCCCGGGUCACUGCACUCCAUCUAGGCCAGAGCCAGAGGGGGGCCACGGGCCUCACUGGUGGGCGAGGGGGCAGCACUUUGUUGCGUGGGGCCUUUUCCCCUCUGACAACUGAGAAGUAAGAUUGGGAAAAUCAAACUUCCAAAAGUAUGAUUUUUUCAGUUUCAGUUUCCCACUUAAAAGUUUGAAUUUCUUCCUGUAAUCUCAAGGGAAACAUUGAUCUGCUGCCACUUCAUGACCGAGCAGGUGUCCAGUAGAGGAUUCAGAGUCACGCCCCCAGGAUGUGUCAAUAACAACAAUAUUUAGACAUUUGAGUAUAAAAGUUCCAUAAAAUUCAGUGUAUAAUGACGUCUGUUGGCUGUUGUAGUGUUCAUGGUGCAGUCGCCCAAACAGACAUCAUUUUGUUAUGGUCAGCCAUGUUUUUUGUUAACAUUUGUUGUGUGCCGCCCUCCUUUAUGUUCAUUAUACACUCAACAAAACAUGAUUAUUAAUAAUACAGUAUAUCCUCCUAAAUCCAUCACACUGGACCUUUAAAUCCUCAUGGUUCCCUGUGGGCCCCUCCCUUUGUGUUCCUAUUAAAACCCACUUUUGGCCCUGACAUAUUCACAUCAUUAACCCCUCCUGUGGAGGAGACCUGAUCCUGGGACGCCCCCCUUUCUUAUUAAACUGCAUCACCACAUGAAAAAAAGCCUGUGAUUAAAAACACUAAUCCUCCUAUGGUCUGUAAUUGAAAUCAUUCCUGGUGAAUAAAAUCUUUGGCUCUGCGGCCCCUUCAGGGUCCGCGGGCCUCAUGCUGGUCCACAGAGAGGAGCGGGGGCAGUGGGAGGUGUCAGAUCAGUUAUUUUGAUGCUGAGCUCGGUCAAUAUGGACUCCCACAACAAGGCCUGGCUUUAAAAAAAUAAAAAUAAAUAAAAAAGUUCCGAACCAGCACUUAUGUCGUGGAUAUGAUGUUGUGAGCAGGAUGCGGUCGGUUCUGUUUCGGCCCCGCACGGAGGAGCGCCGCCACACCGGGGACGGAGCGCGUUAAGCGGCGGAAGCGCGGCGGCGGAUGUGAAGCGCUCCAGCCCGAAUAAAUAAGAUAUGAACGCGUCUCUCUGCCCGACACCACGGAGAAGUGAACUACGCCCGCAGGAGGAGGCGGAGGAGGAGGAGGAGACGAUGGCAACCAUGAUUUGAAGAAUCAGCUACGUUUGUUUUGAUUUUUUUCCAAAGAAAAAAAAAAGGGAUUUUUCGCCAUCACCGAGGAGGCGGCGGCGCUGCGCCCGGGCUCUGAGGCGCAGGAUCCCGCUUGGACAGCCGAUGAAGGGUCGGCGGUGCCCGGGCCGUGUGGAGGUCCGUCGUCCAUGAUUACGCGCUUUCCUUCGGGAGAUCUUUUCGGCGUGCACACGCGGCUGUACACGCUUCAGAUCGUAUAAAACAAGGUCUCCAACCUCCCUCCACCCCUCACCUCCCUGUGGACCAUAGGACCGCCCCGUCAUCACCCCCCUGCGGAAGGACUCCCGGAUCAUCCCUAAUUCCUCGUCUCUCUCUCUCUCUCUCUCUCUCUGCCCAUCUCCUACCUCCAUCACUUUUCCUCUGUCACCAUGGGUACCAGGAAGAUAUACAAAGUACUUUAGUGCCCUGAAGCAAGGCAUUUCUCUGACACAGAAUGGACAGGUGUCCUCGGGUGUUGAGAGGGAUAAAUCGACCACAUCGACAUUCACAGUGGAAACGUGGGAUACAUGACUGAUCCAAAGACUAUGGUUCAAACCGCCUCCUAAUACUUUGAAUGAAGACUAGUGGAUUCUGGGAGCUCUGAAGUGCCUUGCCCAAGGAACGCCGGCAGGGCUUUUUUCCUUCACAUCAUUGACUUCUUCUUUAGUUCACCCUCGUAGUGCUGUUUUAAACCUAGAGGGCUGCGUGUCUUCUUCCCGUCUUCCCCGUCCGUCACUUCCUUCCCCUUCCCUCUUUGUUUUCUCUCUUUGGUCUGCCCACUCGGCUUCCACCAUUCGCCCCUCCCUCGCAACGGCCGUCCUCCCCCCUCGCCCCCGCCCCCAGUCAUCCUCCCCCUCUCCCUCCACCUCCUCCGCCCCAUCCUCCCCCCACCACCACCAUCACCACCACCACCAUUCUCACCACCACCAGCACCACCAUCACCACCCCCAGCUCCCCUCCUCCCCCCCUCGCUUCCAGCCUCCUCCCUUCUCCACUUCCACGGUAACCAUGGCGUCUGCUGCCACCGCCUCCUCCUCACCUUCAUCGCCCUCAUCGUCUGCAAACGGCAGCGCCCGAGAGCACCUGCUGGCGGUGCGACGGCGCACCCCGCAUGGCCGGCCGUACACGAUCGGACCCGACAACCUUCGCAGUCUGUCGGUGCAGGGCACAGUUGAAACCUCCACGCCUGGGUCCUCCUCCGCUAUGCAGUCAGCAAACCAGUCAGAAUCGACGGGGGUGGGGCUUCAGCGAGCUAAUAGCGACACAGACCUUGUGACGUCAGACAGCCGCUCAUCGCUCACGGCGUCUACGUACCAGCUGACUCUAGGCCACAGCCACCUGGUCAUCUCGUGGGAUAUCAAGGAGGAAGUGGACGCCACCGACUGGAUCGGGCUGUACCACAUCGAUGAGACGUGUGUGGCCAACGUGUGGGACUCCAAGAAUCGCGGCGUGAACGGCACCCAGAAGGGACAGAUCGUGUGGAGGCUGGAGCCGGGACCCUACUUCAUGGAGCCGGAGACUAAGGUCUGCUUUAAAUACUAUCAUGGCGUAACUGGAGCACUGAGAGCAACGACACCUUGCAUCACCGUCAAGAACCCUGGAGUCCUGGUGGGCAGUGAAGGCCAAGUGGAGGACCAAUCAGGGACCGAGCACUGUCGGAAACUAGUCAGCUUCACCCUAUCAGACAUCCGGGCGGCGGGCCUGAAGAAGGGCAUGUUCUUCAACCCCGACCCCUACCUGAAGAUGUCCAUUCAGCCGGGGAAGAGGAGCGGCCUCCCCAAGUUCACCCACCACGGCCAGGAGAGACGCUCCUCCAUCAUAGCCAACACCACCAACCCAGUGUGGCACGGGGAGAAAUACACCUUUGUGGCUCUGCUGACCGACGUGUUGGAGAUCGAGGUGAAGGAUAAGUUUGCCAAGAGCCGACCAAUCAUCAAGCGGUUUCUGGGUCAGCUGAUCAUCCCAGUGCAGAGACUCCUGGAAGGCCCGACGGCUGAUGAUCAGCCGGUCAGCUACAGCCUGUGUCGUCGUCUCCCUACGGAUCACGUGAGCGGCCAGCUGCUGUUCAGAGUCGAUAUCACCUCCACGGGACAAGAAGAAGCUUCCCCAGACACCGGGGGAACUAUCUUGGGUGGCGCGGUCAACGGCGACCCUGGCAGUCCCUCCGAUGACGAGGACCUCCCUCAUGCAUCCUCCUCGUCACGUGUUGCUUAUGAACCCUCCCCCACGGGCUCCGACGAGGGCUCCCUGAUAGUCAAUGGUGCUGGUUACUAUGGCGAUGACAGCGUUUGGCGGGAGCCGGGGCAGUUAGGGGAGGAUGACCUGCUUCCUAUGGCAGUGGGUGGCCACACCCACCGGCAGGUGUCGCUCAACGACUACCUGGAUGCCAUCGAGGCUCCCAGGAGCCCAGGAGACCGGCCUUUAGUGGGGCCCUCUCCAAAGCUCCGCUCCAGCUUUCCGACGGACACUCGGCUCAAUGCAAUGCUGCACAUAGACUCAGAUGAGGAUGAGGAGCACAGGGAGCAAACGCAGGAGGCGGGGACACCACAGAGUACGGACUCACCGAGGAGACCGGCUACAUCCGAGUCUCUGGGGAAUGAAGGUUCAAAUGCAGAGCCACAGGGGUCGAAUGGGACUGGGACUGGGAAUGGACCAGAGGCAGGUUCCCCUGCUGGUGCUCAGCCUGCAAGUGAGCCUGCAGGAGCUGAAGGUGGAGCUGCAGAAGGUGCAGCCAGAGACCAAACACAGGUACCAAACAACGGGAAUGGAGAGGUCACUGGAGCAUCGCCAGAGGCUGCAAAUGUUGCUGGAGAAGCGUCCGCAGCUCCCAGCUCCUCGCAGGCAUCUGGAGCUGAGGGGGUUGCAGCACCUGCUCCGGGGGAGUCUGUGGAGGAGUGUACCUGCCAGGAGCCGAGCAGCAUGGGCGCAAACCAGGAAGUCAUCUGCACGUCCUCACUUGGUCCACUUUCACCCAUUCAGGAGGUGGACACAAGAAAAGAAGUGGCUCCGAAGGCAGAGGAGGAAGGGGCGGAGUCGUCGAGCAGCGAGGCGAACGGGCCAGUAGCAGCAGCUACUCGGCCCAAAACGGACCGAGGAGGAGGAAGUUCAGAAGCUGGAGUGACGGCAAGCGGUGGGGACGGGCAGGAUGAGGAGGAGGAGGAGGAGGAGGAGGGAGGCGAGGUGUGGAGGAGGAGGCAGUCCAUGCAGGCCUCUGGAGGCCAGGAGGUGUGCAGCGCCAGAGGGAGUCCCAACGGAGCAGCAGUGGGGGAGAGAGAGACAGGUGCCACAGCUCAGGUCAAUGGCCACCAGUCUGUUCGCUCCCUGCCAUCAGUCCGCCAUGACAUCAGCCGCUACCAGAGAGUGGAUGAGCCACUACCGCCCAACUGGGAGGCUCGCAUCGACAGCCACGGUCGGAUCUUCUACGUGGACCACGUGAACAGAACCACGACAUGGCAGCGCCCCACCGCUCCCCCGGCCCCACAGACCCUCCAGAGGUCCAACUCCAUACAGCAGAUGGAGCAGCUGAACCGCAGGUAUCAGAGUAUACGCAGGACGAUUACAAAUGACAGCAGACCAGAGGAGCAUCCGGCCAAUGAGCUGCCGCCAGACGAGACUGACAUGCACCCUUCCAUCCCAGAGCUGCGCAGGGACAACAGCGUGGCUCCGUCCAGCUCCUCCAGGUCUCGCCUCACCCUGCUGCUGCAGUCCCCCAGCGCCAAGUUCCUCACCAGCCCCGACUUCUUCACUGUGCUGCAUUCCAACCCUAGUGCCUACCGUAUGUUCACCACCAACACGUGUCUGAAGCAUAUGAUCAGUAAGGUUCGUCGGGAUGCUCACCACUACGAGCGCUACCAGCACAACAGGGACCUGGUGGCCUUCCUCAACAUGUUCGCCAACAAACAGCUGGAGCUGCCCAGAGGCUGGGAGAUGAAGCACGACCACACCGGCAAGCCUUUCUUCGUGGACCAUAACUGCCGCGCCACCACCUUCAUCGACCCCCGGCUGCCUCUCCAGAGCACUCGGCCCCCCAGCCUCCUCGCCCACCGCCAACACCUGACCCGCCAACGCAGCCACAGUGCCGGGGAGGUCAGCCCACGACGACUGGUGGGUGAAGACCCUCGUCACGCCGGCCCACCCGUCCUGCCGCGGCCUUCCAGCACCUUCACCUCUGCCAACAGAAGGGAUUGCCAAGACGUUGUGCCAGUGGCUUACAACGACAAGAUCGUGGCGUUCCUCCGACAACCGAACAUCUUUGAGAUAUUGCAGGAGCGGCAGCCCGACUUCAACCGGAACCAUUCACUCAGGGAGAAGGUGCAGCUGAUCCGCACAGAUGGAGGGUCAGGAUUGGCAAGGCUGUCGGGUGACGCUGACCUUGUCAUGCUGCUAAGUCUGUUUGAAGAUGAAGUAAUGUCCUACGUGCCUCCUCACGCCUUACUUCACCCCAGCUACUGUCAGUCACCUCGGGGGUCUCCAGUCUCCUCCCCACAGAACUCGCCUGGUACUCAGAGAGCUAAUGCAAGAGCCCCAGCCCCCUACAAGAGAGACUUUGAGGCCAAACUGCGCAACUUCUACAGGAAACUAGAAACUAAAGGCUACGGCCAAGGACCGGGGAAGCUAAAGUUGAUCAUCCGUCGUGACCACCUGCUCGAAGAUGCCUUCAACCAGAUCAUGUGUUACUCCCGUAAAGACCUGCAGCGCAGCAAGCUCUAUGUCAGCUUUGUGGGGGAGGAGGGGUUGGACUACAGCGGACCCUCCAGAGAGUUCUUCUUCCUGGUUUCCAGGGAGCUGUUUAACCCUUAUUAUGGUCUGUUUGAGUACUCGGCCAACGACACCUACACCGUCCAGAUCAGCCCCAUGUCCGCUUUUGUAGACAAUCACCAUGAAUGGUUCCGGUUUAGUGGUCGUAUCCUGGGUUUGGCUCUGAUCCACCAGUACCUGCUGGAUGCAUUCUUUACCAGACCCUUUUAUAAAGGCCUACUGCGCAUUCCCUGUGACCUGAGUGACCUGGAGUAUCUGGAUGAGGAGUUUCACCAGUCCCUUCAGUGGAUGAAAGACAAUGACAUAGAAGACAUGCUGGACCUCACCUUCACCGUCAACGAGGAAGUUUUCGGACAGAUAACAGAAAGAGAGCUGAAGCCCAGUGGAGCCAACAUCCCUGUCUCUGAGAAGAACAAGAAGGAAUACAUAGAGCGGAUGGUGAAGUGGAGGAUAGAGCGAGGAGUGGUACAGCAGACUGAAAGCCUGGUCAGAGGCUUCUAUGAGGUGGUGGAUGCCAGGCUGGUGUCUGUGUUUGAUGCCAGGGAGCUGGAGCUGGUCAUAGCUGGAACAGCUGAGAUUGACUUAUCAGACUGGAGGAACAACACAGAGUACAGAGGAGGUUACCACGACAACCACAUUGUGAUCCGGUGGUUCUGGGCAGCAGUGGAGAGGUUCAACAAUGAGCAGAGGCUGCGGCUCCUGCAGGUGGGCUCGUGUGUGUGUGCGUGCGAUGCAGUAAAUUCAGCUCUUGAGAUGAAAUGUCAAAACGUAUCUUAUUCCUCCUCUUUUUUUUCCUCCUCUGUUCCUCUCCCGUCUUCAGUUUGUGACCGGGACGUCCAGUAUUCCUUACGAGGGGUUCGCCUCCCUGCGCGGCAGCAACGGGCCCCGCCGGUUCUGUGUGGAGAAGUGGGGGAAGGUCACCUCGCUGCCCAGAGCUCACACCUGUUUCAACCGGCUGGACCUGCCACCGUACCCGUCCUUCUCAAUGCUGUAUGAGAAGAUGCUGACCGCCGUGGAGGAGACGAGCACUUUCGGGCUGGAAUGAGACCCGACCCAACUCCCAGCUCACCCCAGCGAGUGAAGCUGGUUUUGUUUUUAACUUAUACUGGACUUCCAUUCAUAGCAGAGGCUGACGAGACCUUUGAACCAUGAAGAGUCACAGAGGUAAACAGUUAUCUUGUGUUGCACCUGCAUGUACUUGGCACCUACUUAGUAACACACGCCAUCACCUGUGUGAUUUGUGAGGGAAACUGGAGAGCCACACUGCCUUCGGGGGAACAGAAUCGUAACUGCCAGGGUUCAACGGACUGGAGACCGGGAUUGUUUUUUUCUUUUUUUUGUCACUUUCGCUUUGAUACGGACGAGGUUGAAGUUUAAGAAACACAUCAAAGAAGAAGCAACCACUGCCUUCCCUGCAGACUGUCUGGACUGGACCUGGCAGGACUCUCAGGCCCGUUCAGAACUGAGCUUCAGCGGCGCCCUUGUUUGCAGAACAGCAUCUCCUUGUGGCCUGUUGCGGCGACUGCACCCGUGUGCGUGGUGCACUUGUUUCUCAAAGCCUUUUCGAGGGGACCGCCUGAGGUAACUUUUGGUAAAGUUUGGGAUUUUUCCAGUGAACUCCUACAGCUGAUUUUGGAGACCCCUGAAAAAAACAGAAGCUUUGGUAUUGUUGUUACAGUAUUUUCAUCUACGAGGAAAAAAAGUGGUUUUCUAAUGCUGUGGCGGUGACAUGUUGUGAUUUGAAUGUAACUAACUUUAUGAUGUAGAUUGUGUGGAGAGUGAUUUUGUACCUGAUCUGGAUCAAUUGGUAAAAAAACAAAUUUGGCCACCACUACAUUGAGUUACUAAUGUGUUGAUGAGUUAAUUAAGUUACAUACAGUAUGUAACCAUAUCCAUCGACUUUGAUUGUACUCGAUUGAUUUGACACUCGCUUUGAUUCAGUUCUGUUUUAUAAAAUUUGUUUAAAAGCCGUCUACGCAGACGACGUGUAGGCUGGAAAAAAAACAAACUUUGCCUAUCCAAAUAUAGGAAGUUCAUUAAAUGUCCACACAGCAGGGGCGGAUCUAGAAAAGUGUACAUGGGGUAACAAACAACACGCGCUACUUCUGCAGGUAAACGUUUCAAAGGAUAAGCACUUUUACCCUCCUUUCUUUUAACUUUCUAUCAGCAAUCCAGUCAAGCUGCUCUGACCUGCAGACGUCAGAAUCUGGAAGGCUGUCUUGAAAAUCCACGUUUUACACUUAAUAAGCUACGAUCAAUUAACAGGCAUUGAACAGUGACUGUUUUUAAGACUACCUGAUCCCAACUCAGCUAAAAUAUUUCCAUUAUGAGUGCGGACAUAUUUAUUUAUUUAUUUGCUAAUAAAUAUUGAAGUAGUUUGAAGGUUAAUGUUGACCGUUUUUUAAUAUCUACUCUUCAAAACUUCUAAUGAUCUCAGUGCCCGUCAAGAAAAAGACGAUGAUUAUCUCAAUUUACUGCUCAUUAAACUACUAUGUAUGUUACAUAGGGAGCAGUUAUUUAAGACUCGGUUCAUCUUAAGACACAAUUUAAAUCAUUCACUAAGAGUCCGCAGUCCUGUGUGGCUGUACUAAGCCACUGUGCUUUAAGCAAAAUGCUAAUGUUAGCGUAAAAUGUUUACCUUCAAGUUUAGUGUGUUAGCAUGCUAGCAUUGAUGAUUAGUCACACCAAGCAAUGUAACUUUUUAGCUAACGUUACUCGGUCAUGCGUCAUGUUAUUAAUUAUGGAUUUCCUUCCAUAAUUGUUGUUUGAUUCAGCACUUCGGACCGCUCAGAAACCUUUUGGUGACUGAAAAAUUUGCAGCAUUUCACAGAAACAUUUGUAGGAGCUUAGAAAUCCCCCCAGUGCCCCCUUCUGGAUCCGCCUCUGUCACACACAGCCAGAUCAGAACCGAACUAUUUCACCACACUGCUGGUAUAAAAAAAGUCCUCAGAUUUUUAAGCUGCCGAGUCCAAUUUAUUAUGUACUCAUAGAAGAGGACUUGAGACGUUCAGUAAUAUAUCAGCUGGCAUAUUGUUGCUCAUUAGAAUAACGCAUUUUCUUUUCAUUGUUAUUGGCUCUUUAUUCACCUUACACACUAUGAGUGUACGAGUAUGAGUUUCCUCUUUCCUUUGCUCUUCUUACACUCGUGAUGUCGACCACUUGUGUAUUUGUACGGCUGAAUUUGACGACACACUUUGUAUGUAAACUCUGUCAAAGUUUUUUUUUUUUUUUUUUUUUUUCCUGACAUGGAGAGUUGACGCUGUUUUAAUAGUUUCCUCUAGAUUUUUGCACUCAUUUCAAUAUUGAAUGACUUGUAUCAACUCAAUGUUUGUGUUAAUUUAAAAAUCAGGUCUGUUUGGUGACGUUCACGUGGAGAGCUUUUUGCAGGCACACAGUAAAAAAACAAAAACAUACAGUCCUCAUCGUAGACGAGCAUGAACGUUUUGUAUAAAAUCCAUUUUGAAGGAGCUUGCAGUGAAUCUUUCUCUCUUUUUGUACAUUGAGAUACUUGUUACCGUCCUCUUCACUCACAUUCCCCUCCCCUUCCCCUCUCCUGCACUAUGAAUGUAAGCACGCCUUGAACUGCCACAUCGAAAUACAGCUGACCACACGCAGGCCUACAGCACCUACAAGUCAACAUGAAGCCCUCUGAACGCCUCAUUUUUGUACAGGCAGCAAAAAAAAAAAACAGGUGAUGUGAAGGUCCAGUCACGCCAAGAAGACAAAAAGAAUUAAUGACUCUUAAAACUUUUGAAACUUCUGUUUCCUCUCACACGUUUGAAUUUGUGUUUCUAAAUUACUAACUCUUAUAGAUCCAUGUCGCAAUUUGGCUUUAUUUGUAAUUUAAUAAAUAUACAUUUUUACUUAAUAUCUCCAAAUCCUUUUUUCUCCUAACUUAAACUAACUAUUAAAUCAGUUUAAUUGGUUUGAAUAAUUUUUAAAGUAAAAAUAAAUCCAGAUUAUUAAAUGCAAAUGUUUUCUGGUUUCUUAAUAUUACUUUCUCAAUUUUUAAUUUUUUUUUUCUUUGACAGUAAUCUGAAUGUUUUGGAUUUUUGAGCAAACAAGACACUGAUGACGACAUCUUUGGUUUUUGGAAACUCUGAUCAACAUAUUUAUCUCAACAAGUCUAAUUAAUUGUGAACCAAUCGACAUAAUUUCCUCGUUGUUUAAUUAUCAUUAGCUUGCAGCUCUACUUAGUUUUGACCAGACAUGUCUUCUCAUGACUAGUUUUAGCUUUUUGGCAGAAAUGGGCUUCCAUAAGACCAAAGUUACCACAGACGGACUGCUUUUUUAUGCGUAUUAAAUGGUACAAAAAAAUCAACUUAAAAACCUAAACAGCGCUUUUUAUGCAAAAGUCAGGGAGGGUACAUUUGAAACUGAUCAUGUUGUUACCAAUUUUUGAAGCCGAUUUUGAUAAAAGUCCUGGACCUACUGUUCUCCUUGUUUACACUUUUAGAGAAUGUACUCUAAUCCAGAAUAUGAUCCAGCGUUAUUUCUGUAUGGAGUUUGGUGAAGUUUCAUGUACUAGUUCAGUUUAAUUCUAAUGCGAUACAAUGACUCCAGUCUCAUUAUAAAAGAUAUGAUCCACUGCACUGCCCUCUGUCCGUCUCACCAGAAUGUACCAAAGUUUAGAGCCGAAGCCGGCCACCUCACAUCUAACGACCUCCCACACACUCUGUACAGCCCACCUCACUUUUAAAUAUGAAUGUUUGUCAGCACUCCUCCUCCUGAAAUAAAAUGUCAUCUCUC